CAUGCAUGCAUCAGAUAGUUUCUGGCGGUGGUACGCCAUGUUUGUUUUCGAGCUCUUUGAGCAAAAGGUUUUUUUUGGUUUUUUUGCUGUCGAAUAUAAAUCAUGAAUCGUCGAAUACAUCAACCGUUUCAAUUCCGUCUCCAUGCAACUCGGCGCCGAUGAGUUCGACAUCCAUUCCGGCUCGUUUACCAACGGCCCGUUCAACAAUGCCAACUACAUCUACGCCCGAGUCUACGCCAUCACGCAGUUUAUCGCCACUCGCUCUCAGUGUUCGUCCUCAAAAUGUACGGACUGGACCAAGCGGAAUCACUUCCUCCAGAGCUACAUAAUGCAGGGAGCCGGCGAACCUUUCGCCAAUCCAAUUUUGUUGUGCUGACCGAAGUGCUCAGCCUGAUAAUGGAUCUGGCCGUGGACAAGGAUCUCAAUGUGUUCAAGCUGGACAGCUUGAAGGAGGUCGCGCUUCAGCUGGUGAAAAUAGCCGAAACACUGGCGAUUCGAUGUUUCCAAAUUGUAGCCGGUUCUUUCGCAGGGAUUGAGCAAAUCGUGCUGCUGGAAACGGUCCUGGAGAUUAUAUCCGGACCGAUGCCGAGGUUGCGAGCGCUCCAAGGAGAAUGUUGAUGCAUCGCCGUUCUGAAACCCCUCCACGACAAUUUCUCCUUGCCGUGGUCUGAGGAAGAAAUUGCCACUCGAUGGUGAGCACAUCCGUGGGCUAAUAGAAUCCUUCAAAUUCGUUUCGGCGUGAUUAUUUGGAAUCUACUAUUUAUCCAUUUAUUGGCAGCGUCGAUAACUUUGCCGUUUCGCGACUGGGAAGUAACA